AUGAUCCGGUAUCUUUAUAUCAUCAUUUUACGAGAUGAUAAUCCAUUGUAUGGUCGUGGAACAUUGGGUGUUUUCUCUGGUGUUUAUAUUAGUUAUAUGCAAAAUAUUCUUUUAGUUGGUGUAAUUUUAAUUCGUCUACCAUGGAUUGUUGGCCUUUUGAGCUUAAGUAUAACAGUAUUCGCAAUUUUACUCGUCUUUGCAACGAUUUUUUUUUCAUCAUUUUCUAUCGCAGCAAUUGCAACAAAUGGAAGUGAUCGUUUAUAUGGUGGUCCAUUUACAACAAUUGCAUAUAGUUUGGGUAAUCGAGUAGCAGUUGUUGGUAAAUAA